UUUUGCAUUUGCCAUAUUUAUUGGAUUCUCUUUUUUGGUGGUAUACCUGAUGUGCAAACAAAUGAAGUUGAAUAACGAAUUGAACAACAUGUCAUGGCGUGUACGCCCAGAUGAGGUACUCCUUGAGGUAGGAAGACUGUAUGGCAGUAAAGUUGGUCUACAAAAACUCAAUGUGGAGAACUUUUCACUUCAGCAGUAUGAUAUCCAUUCCGGACGCGCAUCUAUUGCUAGUUGUGCCUCGCUGCCGCUCACCCAAGUCUUUACCACAAUUGGCAUUUUCAAAGGUGAACGUGUCGCCAUUAAGAAGAUACAUCGCAAGAAGGUCGACAUAACACCAACCCUCUUGUGGGAAAUCAAGCAGGCGCGUGAUGUUAGCCACGAGAACACGGUGCGUUUUGUUGGCGCCUGCAUAGAUUUGCCACGCCCGACCGUACUAAUACUUACCGAAUACUGUCCCAAGGGUAGUUUAAAAGAUGUGCUGGAGAACGAGGCAAUACAAUUGGAUUGGAAUUUUCGUAUGUCGCUCAUCCACGAUAUAGUCAAGGGCAUGGCUUAUCUGCAUAAUAGCGAUGUGCAGGUUCAUGGCAAAUUGCGCUCAUGUAACUGUCUCAUCGAUGGCAGGUUUGUGUUGAAGAUCUCUGAUUUUGGUUUGCGUUCAUUGACUACGCCAUCUGAGUUUGUGAAGGAUCAAAAUUACUUUAAUAAAUUCCUUUGGAUUGCACCAGAGCUGCUACCUGUUACAGUACUACCCGGUAAUCCGGCCACGCAGAAGGGAGAUGUUUACUCAUUUGCUAUAAUAUUGGAAGAAAUUGUUGUGCGCGGUGGCCCCUAUGAAAUGGCACGCCAGUUUAUGGAUGUGCAAACUAUAGUGAAUCGAGUGGAGGCGCAUGAACUACCACCAUUUCGACCAUUUGUUGGUCAACGCGACUGUCCGCCCGAUGUACUAGACUUAAUGGAAAAAUGCUGGGCUGAUAAUCCGGAUGAUAGGCCGGCAUUUGCUACGAUACGAUCAUCGGUGCGAUUGAUUAUGAAAGGUUUUUGCGAGAAUCUAAUGGAUGAUUUAUUACGUCGCAUGGAACAGUAUGCCAAUAAUUUGGAAAGUUUAGUUGAAGAAAAAACCGAACAACUGAGUAUGGAAAAACGUCGCACUGAAGAGCUACUUUAUCAGGUGCUUCCAAGACCUGUAGCAACACAGUUGCUGGCAGGCGAAAUGGUACAACCGGAACAAUUUGAGUGUGUGACUAUCUAUUUCAGCGAUAUUGUGGGUUUUACGGCGCUAUGUGCUGAAAGCGGACCCAUGGAAGUGGUCGCCUUUCUGAACGAUCUUUAUAGCACAUUCGAUCGUAUUAUCGGGUUUUAUGAUGUGUAUAAGGUUGAAACAAUUGGUGAUGCAUACAUGGUGGUUUCGGGCUUACCCGAACGUAAUGACGACCAUGCACGUGAAAUAGGCCUUAUGGCGCUUGCUAUAUUGGAUGCCGUAAAAUCAUUUACGAUACGUCAUAAACCAGAUUCAAUAAAAAUAAGGAUUGGCAUACACGCUGGUCCAGUUUGUGCGGGUGUUGUUGGUCAAAAGAUGCCACACUAUUGCUUGUUCGGUGAUACUGUGAACACAGCUUCACGCAUGGAGUCAGCAGGGUUACCCCUAAAGAUACACGUCUCUUCAGCGGCCAAAGCUAUUUUCGACAAAUUUGGCACUUUUCAAAUGGAAUUACGCGGCGAAGUCGAAUUGAAAGGCAAAGGCACAGUCACUACUUAUUGGCUUUUGGGUUGCACUGAACCAGAUCCGCGACCACCAACGCCACAAAAGAACAAUAACGGUGAGGUACCAUUCCCCAUACUCUUUCCAGCAAUUGGUAAAUAG